AUGCCUCCCCCGACCUCUGAUGCCGCCAGCUGCCAGCCUAAGUGCGUCAUUCCGAACUCCUUAGUGCCAGACCCAAUGGACUGUACCCACUACUACAUAUGUGUCUUUCUGAGAGGUUUGACACCACAUCCUGUUCGUGCUAGAUGUCCUUCCACCAAACCUUUCUUCCACAGGACUAAACUCCGGUGUGAAUCUGAGGCUAGAUGCAUUGAAAUGUGUUCUGUUCCCUCUACUCUUCCAGAAACUACAGCACCAUCAACAAUUGAAGACCUGCAUGAUCCAUGCUUGCCCUCAUGCGUCCGACCAGAAUCUGUGGUAAAGGAUCCCAAGGACUGCCACCAUUACUAUACCUGUACUGUCAAUGGUAAUACCACCAUUCUUACAAGAAUGGCAUGCCCUCCAAGUCGACCCGUAUUCGAUGCAAGAAGUGAAAGCUGUUUAAACUCUGCAGAAUGUCUGGUUACAUGCCAGGAGAGUGAAACCCAAACUGGAAAUGGCACAGAUAAUAGUUUAAUGUUGAUCCCAGAAAUGUGUCGUCCAAACUGCACUCAACACAACACCAUCUUGCAUGACCCCAUGGAUUGCCACUACUACUAUGUUUGUAUGAUUGUACAGGGACAAGCCUACACCACAAGGAUUCAUUGUCCACUCUCUCGCCCAGUCUUUAAUCUGGAGAGUUACAGUUGUCAAGCAGAAUCAUCCUGUAUCACAACAUGCCAGUUAACAAAUACAACUUAUUUGCCAACAUCUGUAGUGCCCCCCAGUACAACAGAAUACCCUUAUAUCAAUAGUUCUUCAUCUAUAGUGACAUUAUCACCCACAGUUAUGCCAACAUAUUCUCCAACACCUGUUAAUUUAUGUCGACCAAUUUGCUCUUCCCAACAUACUCUUGUCCAUGACCCUCUUGACUGUAACCACUUUUAUAUGUGCAACAUCACUCGCCUUACUCCAUAUCCUCACUAUACACCGAUUAGAGGAAAAUGUCCCCUAGAACGUCCAGUCUUUGACCUUGAAAAACACUCUUGUGCUGCGGAUAUUCCUUGUAUUACUACAUGUGAAGGGGCUGUAGCUACAACGCCUACAACAUUAGCUACCACUGUCAAACCUAUAUCAGAAGUUGCACCCACAAUCUUCCCAGGUGAUGCUGGGCCUUGCAAUAUUUACUGUGAAAAGCCAAAUUCUAUUGUACGUGAUCCAACCAGUUGCUAUCACUACUUCCUCUGUAUAUUCUUUGAUGGCACUGUUCCUCGCCCUCUGAGACUCAGAUGCCCAAGAGAAAAGCCUGUGUUUGAUGCGGAGAGUAAGACCUGUCAAAGUCAUGCUCCCUGUCGCACCUUGAAUUGUCAGCAAACAGAGAGUGAAUCAAUAUCAAUGGAGUCCAUCACUCCAUCACCUGCAGGAUUCACUUAUGACACUCUAACAACAGAAGGAACUAUUAGUGAGAAACCGACACCAACAGAAUCUGUUGGUACCAGACCAACACCAGAAGGCGCCAUAAACACUAGUCCAAUAACAGGACCUGUUAUUAAUAAUCCAGAUUCCAAUGAAAUUAUCACUACCAGUCCACCAUCAAAAGGGCCUAGCACUACCAGACCACCAUCAAAGGGACCUAGCACUACCAGUCCACCAUCAAAAGGGCCUAGCACUACCAGUCCACCAUCAAAAGGGCCUAGCACUACCAGACCACCAUCAAAGGGACCUAGCACUACCAGUCCACCAUCAAAAGGGCCUAGCACUACCAGUCCACCAUCAGAAGAACCUAGCACUACCAGUCCACCAUCAAAGGAACCUAGCGCUACCAGUCCACCAUCUAAGGAACCUAGCACUACCAGUCCACCAUCUAAGGAACCUAGCACUACCAGUCCACCAUCAAAAGGGCCUAGCAUUACCAGCCCACCAUCAAAGGAACCUAGCACUACCAGUCCAUCAUCAAAAGGGCCUAGCACUACCAGUCCACCAUCAAAAGGGCCUAGCACUACCAGUUCACCAUCAAAAGGGCCUAGCACUACCAGUCCACCAUCAAAAGGGCCUAGCACUACCAGUCCAAUGCCAGAGAGACCUAUCAUUGCUAGUCUAAUGCCAGGAUUUAGCAGUACCAGUUCAGCACCAGAAGCACCUAUUACUACCUAUCCAUUUCCAGAAGGAAUGGUCACUACCAGUCCAUCAAAAGGGCCUAGCACUACAGUCCACCAUCAAAAGGGCCUAGCACUACCAGUCCAAUGCCAGAGAGACCUAUCAUUGCUAGUCUAA